CCAAGACACACACAUCUGUUGCCUCCCUCUGCUCGAACAAACGUGCCUUUUCUUUACCGUUUGAAUUAUAUCAUCACCUAGUCAUUUCGAAUUCCUCUAGAAAUUGACUGUCAUGGCUGGCGAAACGUUUUCUCUCGCCGGCAAAGGCCUCAAACUUGACACCAAGGAGGACAUUGAGAAACACAUCGCACCCCUCCAAGAGUCUUCCAACGUCACACACAUCGACCUCUCGGGCAACACGCUCGGUGUGUCGGCAUGCGAAGCCCUCGCGCCCAUACUCUCGUCCAAGAGCACCCUCCGGAGCGCCGACCUCCACGACAUCUUCACCUCCAGACUGCUCGAGGAGAUCCCCCCGGCGCUCUCGUCCCUCUUGACGGCGCUGCUCGAAUGCCCCAACCUCCACACGAUAGACCUGAGCGACAACGCGUUCGGGCUCAACACAAAGGACCCUCUCGUCGACUUCCUCUCCAAACACGUGCCCCUGAAACACCUCGUCCUGAACAACAACGGCAUGGGCCCCAUCGCGGGGACGUCCAUAGCCGAGGCGCUCGUCGCCCUCGCCGAGCGCAAAGAAGCCGCCCGGAGGCAGGGCAAGGACGUGCCCCACCUCGAGAGCAUCGUCUGCGGCCGCAACCGACUCGAGAACGGCAGCAUGGCCGCCUGGGCCAAGGCGUACGAGGCGCACAAGAAGGGCAUCAAGAGCGUGAAGAUGACACAGAACGGGAUCCGGCCCGAGGGUAUUUCGCACCUGAUCUCCUCGGGCCUGCGCCACUGUGAGCACCUCGAGGUCCUCGACAUGCAGGACAACACGUUCACGCUCAAGGGCGCCCUCGCACUCGCGAAGACGCUCGAGGGUUGGUCCGGCCUGAGGGAGCUGGGCGUGGGCGACAGUCUCCUGGGCGGACGGGGCGCCGUGCGGGUCUUCGAGUCGCUCGCGUCGGGCGGAAACGGUGGGGUCGAGAUUUUGAGGUUGCAGUACAACGACAUCAACCCGGCGGGCGUCAAGGCGCUGGUGCAGGCGGCGAAGGACGGCUUGCCCAAACUGAGGCGCGUCGAGCUCAACGGGAACAAGUUCGACGAGGAGGACCCGUCGAUCGAGGCGCUGAGCGAGCUGCUGAGCGAGCGCAAGGACGAGCACGGCAAGGACGACGACCCGGACGAACACUGGGGUCUGGACGAACUCGACGAGCUCGAGGGCGAAGACAGCGACGAGGAGGAGGAGGAGGAGCAUGAGGAGGAGGAGGAAGCAGACGAAGUACGUGCCAAGCUCGUCGAGCUGGACGAGCAGGCCGAGGAGGCCCCAGUGGCCGAGAGGAAGGACGCCGACGUCGAUGAGCUGGCUAGUAAACUCGAAAAGGCUUUGUGAUGAUGGGUUCAACAUACAGAAAAACGGAGAACGGAGAAACGAGGGGAUUGGAUUUGGAAUUGACAAUAAGUGAAUUGGGAAUUGUGCAUCAAACCUUUUUGACACGGUGCAAAAUGACUUCGAGUAUAUAUAGCAAGGCGUGGCUCCAGCAUAGCAUGCAUGGUACAGUGGUUUGGGUUUUGUUUUGGCACACUCGAUACCCCUUUUUCAAAAGACAGAUUCAGAUGGAUACCAGGAGAGAUGUAGAUAAAUGGUUACCCACAAUCAACGCGAGUCGCAUCAUAUUCAUUUUGUAGUAUUAAGACUUUUCUUAUGGAGUAUAGAAGUUGUACUAAG